ACCUGUACACAUGAAAAUAGGACGUUUUAAUGUAGCAAUCGAAAGUUGGACCCUUGGUCGGCAUGGAGGAUCUCUGGGUCAAUUUGGCAUACGAACAGUUCAGCGGAAGUGUCAAGGAGAGAGCAGCCUGUUACGUUAUCCAUAGACUCGACGAAGAGCAGAAGAGAAAAGGAAUCGUUACAGCAUCGAACGGCUGUUUUGCCAAAGGUCUUUGUCAUCAAGGUUACAUCCAGAAAUGUUCAGUCGUGGUUUUCGUGCCGCUUGGAACGGCGACGAGCACCGUUGAUUUUUGUCGAAAAUUGAACGGCACGAUAAUAAUCGAGGGUAAAAAUUUUGAGGAAACUAAGGAAAAAGCUGUGAGUUACAGCAACGCGAAUGGAAUUCUUUACGUCGAUACACACGAUCACCCGGAUUUGAUCGCCGCUCUGGGGACCGUGGUAACCGAAAUUUUAGAAGAAGUUUAUGAGCCUGACGUCAUAAUAGUUCCGGCUGGCGGAGGUGGACUUCUGGCUGGUACAGCUGUCGCAUCGAAGCACUUGUCACCUAAAACGAAAAUUUAUGUUAGUGCGACAGAAUCUUUGAUACAAUUGCAUGGUUGAAUCAAAUUUCUGCGAAGA